CGCCAGCGGUGCUAGGCCCAGAAUUAAGAUGCUCUGGUUUCAAGGAAAUAGCAUGCAACUUGUCAAAUCUUCCUUUGGGCUCUUCUUGAGAAAUCUGUCUGCUUCUAAGACAACUCUGCCUGUGCUGACCUUAUUCACAAAGGAUCCAUGCCCACUUUGUGAUGAAGCUAAAGAACUACUCAAACCUUACAAAAACAGGUUUAUCUUACAGGAGGUGGAUAUCACCCUUCCCGAAAACUCUGCUUGGUAUGAAAGGUAUAAAUUUGACAUUCCUGUCUUUCAUUUGAAUGGCCAGUUUCUUAUGAUGCAUCGAGUAAACCUCUCAAAACUUGAAAAACAGCUCCGGAAACUUGAGCAGCGAGGUGCUAGAUGCUGACUUAUGCCCUCGUGAUUUUCCACCGUCUCUGUCCGUAAGGCACCUUCCUGAGGAAGUGACUGUGGCCUCAUACCCUUUCAGUCAGUUUCACAGAGCCCUAAGAAGAUUCUCAACCCAGGGACGCCUUGUAAAUGUUGCCGUUCCUCUACUGACUGAUGGAAGUGCCACGUGGGAACUGUUUAUUUAUAAGCCUUUUUUAAAACAAAGAUUCUCUUGGCAGGGAGGAGGAUAAUGGCAGGAGGGAGACCUCAUUUGUUUUAUUUGUUUUCCCUUGUGUGUCGCAUGGAAGCACCUCUGUGAACUGGACGGUGCUGUUCCUAGGAAGAAGGCUCUCUGCAUCCCUGCUCAUGCCCUGGAGGGCUUAGCUUUUUAAUGAAAGAAUAAAUGCUCUUCCACUCUGUAGAUAAAGUGAAAUGUGAAUCGUUAAUAACUGCACAGUCAAUAAAGGGACGUUUUAACGAAUACAUCUGCAUGGUGCCUGUUUCAGUGGGAUUUAAUAAUACCUGUUUAAAAUUAGAGCUCAUUUUUGUUGGGGUGAAGAGAAUAAUUAUCCUCGCCAAAGGAACUUCAUUUCAGAAAGACAAAAGAAC